ACGUUUAUUUUUUGUUUUAUUAGUAACGUUUAGUUUCACUUACUAACGGCCUUUCCAAUAGCAUCUGAAUAUGGCUGAUCUGACCGCAAUAUUUGAAACUGCUGGCAAGAAAGAAGGCGUACAGGCAUGGCGAAUAGAAAAAUUGAAUUUAGUGGCAAACGCCCAAGCAUUGCUGGGAAAUUUCCAUGUUGGAGACUCGUACAUUGUUCUGAAGACCAUUGAAGCUAAAUGCGGAAAAAUGCGAUGGCAUCUUCAUUUCUGGCUGGGCAGGGAAUCGAGUCAAGACGAACGUGGAGCAGCAGCGAUAAUAACUUGCCAAAUGGAUGACUACUUAGGAGGAGAGCCUGUUCAAUACAGACAAACACAAGAACACGAAAGUCGUGAAUUCAUGGCACUUUUCAAAAACGGAGUCAAGUAUUCGCAAGGUGGAGUAGCAUCUGGAUUCAAGCAGGUAAAAACAAACGUCAGUGAAUCGAAACGACUUCUUCAUGUCAAAGGUAGAAGAUCAGUUCGCGCGACAGAAGUUCCGAUGAAAUGGUCAAGCUUCAAUCAAGGAGACAGUUUUAUUCUCGAUUAUGGAAAUGACGUUUUCCAAUGGAAUGGAAAAGAAUGCAAUAUGUUUGAAAAACUAAAAGCGGACAACGUUGCCAGAGCCAUAAUUAGCGACGAAAAGGGAGGAAAGGGAAAACAUACGAAAGUCGAGCCAGAAGACAGAGUACCGGAUAUUAUGCUGAAGGUUUUGGAAGGAUCCCCAUCCGAUAUUCAACCGGCGACGUCAGAUGAUAUCAAGGUUGAGGAGAAGAAGGUUCCCGCUUCUUUGUAUCACGUGAGUUCGGAUACGGGAUCUCUUAAGGUCACAGAAGUUGGAAAAGCUCCGUUCCAACAAGGAGAGCUGAAGAGUGGGGAUUGCUACAUUCUUGACAACGGAUCACAUGGAAAGAUUUUUGUGUGGAAAGGCAAGGGGGCAAGCAAGGAUGAACGUAGCGGUGCACUUAAGAACGCUACUGAUUUUAUCAAAGAUAAAAACUAUAAAGACUACACCAACAUUGAGAUGAUGGGAGAAGGAUCUGAAAGCAUCAUGUUCAAGCAAUUCUUCAAAUCAUGGAGAAAUAAAGGCGACACCAUCGGAUUUGGGGAGAAAUACAGCGAAAACAAGAUUGCCAAGAUCCAGCAGAUCAAAUUUGACAUGAAAUCUCUGAGCAACUCCAAACUGGCGGCAAAGUACAGAAUGGUCGAUGACGGAACUGGAAAGCUCGAAAUCUGGCGUGUGGAAGAUUCUUUGAAGCCAGUUGACAAGUCCAAAUAUGGAAUUUUCUUCUCGGGCGAUUGUUACGUCAUGUUAUACACGUAUAAAGUUGGGAGAAAAGAAGAAUAUAUCAUCUACUUCUGGCAGGGAUCACAUGCAACACAGGAUGAGAUCGCAGCAUCUGCUUUCUACGCCGUAGAGAUGGACAAGAAAUACGACGAUCGUCCUGUUCAAGUACGCGUGGUUCAGGGUAAAGAACCUCCCCAUCUACUUAGUUUAUUUGGAGGAAAACCAAUGAUUAUAGUGUCUGGUGGAAGAAGCAAAGGGAAGAAUGAUAGCGGAAUUGAUGAAACCGCCCUUGUUCAGGUGUUCUGUACAGCUACAGGAGGACGUGCCAUUCAAGUAGCUACAUCCGCUCGUUCUCUCAAUUCCAAUGAUGCUUUUGUGCUGAAAACUAAAUCUGCCAGUUAUGUAUGGGUUGGACGAGGAGCAUCAGAUGACGAAAUUGCUGCUGCAAAAUACGUCUCAGACAAAAUUGGUGGUUCAAAUUCGCCUGUGAUAAUAAAAGAAGGAUCUGAAGAUUCCAACCUUUGGAAGAUUCUCGGCGGAAAGCAGGAGUAUGCUAGUCAUCCUAGACUGCAAGAAGAAUUAACCGAUAAUCCAGCAAGGCUGUUUGGAAUCUCAAACGCUACGGGACGAGUCAUUGUAGAUGAAGUUCCAGGGGAUUUCACACAGGCUGACUUAUGUGAGGAUGACGUCAUGAUGUUGGACGUUUGGGAUCAAGUUUUUAUUUGGAUUGGAAAAGGCGCGAACGAACAAGAGAGAAAAGAAGCACCUAAAUUGGCCGUGGACUACAUUAAAAACGAUUCGCGAAAACGAGAUCCCAGAAUGUCAAUUGUUACUAUUACUCAAGGAAAUGAACCAUUGUUGUUUACCGGAUUCCUCCCUUCGUGGGAUCCGACUUUUAAAUAUGGAAAAACAGAUUAAUUCUACAGAAAAUCAAUAUUAGCAUUUCGCCAGAGUUUAUAGACUGAAAUAUUUUACAAUUUUAUUGUUAUUGUUAUCCGGGACGUUCGUUUACGUAGUCAUUCUCAUUGUUGAAGUUGAGAACUGUUCGUAAUUAAAUAGUUUACGCUUUAUUAUGUAAUUUAUUCAGUACUACCUUGUAUUUCUAAAUAUAAUUAGAGGUUUUAUAUUCUCAAUCAUUUUGUAAAAAUCUCAAUUAAAUCAGGAUUGAUAUUUGGGGUAAUGCAGCAGGAUUGCGGAAAAUUGUUUUUAAUUUUGUUACUAUUGCUUCACGUGUUAAAUAAUUCCCAUGACUUUUAUAUAUUUACUGUUAAUAUGAUGUUUCCUUCCCAAUUUAAACAAAAAAUUUCAAUUUUUCUAUUUUUAAUGUGGAAAAUUGCUCAAAAUAUUGGUAACAUUUGGUUAUGUAACUUUGAUCAUUUACUUCGGAUUGCUAUUCUGAUUAUUUUGUAUUUUGACAAACAUUUAAGUCUCCCGACCCAUUUAAUACAAUUGAGGAUGGAAUAAUGAUAUCAAUAUGAUCUUCUUUAGUUUUUGUUUUGUUUUAAUUUCGUGAACGUACUAUUACAAUUUGAUGGUAAUUUUAUUCGAAGAAAUCAAAUUAUUUAUCAUAGUUGCUUACUGCGUGAAUUAUUUUUAAGAACGUUGUCGCAUCAUCUAAAAUAGUUUUCCAUGGUAUACUCUCUAUUAAAUUCUCAAACAAAAUAUCCAAUUCGUUCAUAUAUUAGCGAGCUAUUGCAAACCUCUUUUGGCAUUGGCUAAAAUUGUAACUACGCUGAACAAUCGACGUCAAAGCUUACACCAAUACACAAUCGCUGAAUUACAUUCACUUUUCGAUCAUAAACUAGGAAAUGGGAAUAUUAAUAAAUAGUAUUUUAGAAAUCCUAUACAGGAUUCUUUAUAAUUGAUUUUUAUCCGACGAUUUUCGAUGUAUAUUAGUCGUACUAUUGUUGUAAUAUUGUGCACUAUUAAUUACUAUCUUUAUAUUCUUAUGUAACCAGUGACAUGGAUGAAUAUUUCAAAAUUUUAUCACAGCUUGCAGUUGUUUUGAUCAAUAUAACUCAAUAUGAGAAAUUCUAA